AUGGAGUGUGAAUUUAUGUGUGACGAUGGCGUUGCUCGCAUGCUGGAUAUCACUGCGGAGGCGACGGCUCCUUUCGAUUGUGUCUACCAGAAGAGGCUACGAACCCCCAAAGGGGAGGCAGUGGCCCUCGGUGUGAACGCGGAUAAGCUGUACGUUCUUCUUGAUAAGAAUGCUACAGCCUUAGUUGCAACGGCGUUUACAAAAAAGGACUUUGAUGAUGGGCUUUUGGAAAUGCUACCAGAUCUUCCCGUCGUGAUAGAUCCAUUUGACUCGCAUCGGGUGAAAAAGGAUGUUUUCUGUGGCCGUAGUGUCUGUAUCGUGACGCAGGAUCAAAACGGUCCUUGCCCCGUGGUAGCUGCAGCCAACGCGCUGGCACUGACGGGGCGGUUAAAAUUAUGCCCCGAUGAUUGCCGUAGAAUUGAGGCCAAGGAACUUCGUCGUACGAUUCUCAAUUACAUCAUAGAGGGUAACCCGGAGGUGCCACAAUUUGUCUGUCCCCCUACGCGAGUAAUGAAUGGUGAGAAAGUGGCAACAAUGGCCGGCCUUGUUCAAAAAAGCCUUUUUGAGGCACGUAAGAAACUCGCAGAGGGCAUAGAAGGUGAGAAGUUUUUGAACCGCUUGUACCAUGGAAUGAACAUAAGCCCUAUUUUUUCCGUUUUAGAUGGGUUUGACGCCGAGGAUGACGUGCUUCUAUUCGCUCUUGCGGGGCUACGCGUUGUUCAUGGGUGGCUGAUUUCAUCAGAUGAUCGCUAUGCUGAUUUGCGUGACAUGUCCUUUAAUGAAGUGAGCCUUCUUGCGACGCGCAAUGAAACGGACGUGUCGGAGAUUGCCAAUGAGUUCCUCGAGAAGACAAGAUCACAACUGACAGAAGAGGGGUUAGAGGUACUUCUGCGGGAGCUUAGUGAGGGAGAGGUUGUGGUUCUCUUUUGGAAUAAUCACUUCUCGACCGCCGUAAAGCUUGGUGGAAGGUUACUUCUUCUUCUCUCAGAUGAGACGUACGCGGACAGAUCAUCCAUCUUGUUUGAAGCCAUUGAAGAUGUCCAUGGUGCCGCCACGUUUACAGAUGGCAAUGGCGUCAAUACCGAUACCUUGCUUUUAGCAGUUCAGUCCUUGACGGGAAAUGAGUUCAACACGGAGGCCAUUUUGGCCGCGAAGACUCUGUUGAAGGAUUUGGAAGGCAACGAGCCCAGCCCGGAGGAAAUUGUGCAUUAUCUACGCGAAAAGAAACAAAAUAAGGGGAAUGGUCAACGGGAGUGGGAACAGUGGGUGUAUGAGGGUGCAGAUGUUAUUUUAGGAAUGGGGUUUGAUCUAAGUCACACGGAUGCAUGCGAGCUUGUACAGAAGUCUGGAAGUGUGAGUGCUGCUGUGGGUGAAUUGUGUAAAGAUCCUCGUGGAGAGGUAGGCGGUUUGGUUUAG